AUGUGCGGCAACCACACGGCCAACUCCAUCCUGAAGUUUUGGCAUCACGUUAAGACUUUGCCUGCCUUCCAACACCAUGACCUUGUGAACUCUCUUUCGGACGACCAGCUCAAGAAAACCAUCCCCUUUACUGUGCACGCUGACGGUUGUGAGUUUUUCUCCGACCAAGAGUUUUUUGCUGUGAGUUGGAGUUCGUCGCUCGGGGCUGCUGGUGCAAUAAAGGAUGUUCUUCUGACCAAGUUCCCUAUUCUGGUUAUCGCUGAGUCCCACAUGCUGGACGACAAAGUACGCGAAGGAGUCAACCAGGUCACCGCUGAGCUGGUGGCAUGGUCUUUGGAAUGCGCAGCCUCUGGGAAGUAUCCGACUAGUGGGUUUCGUGGCCGUCCCUUUGAAAAGGGCACAUACAGGGCAGCUCUGGCAGGGCAACCGCUGGCAGGGGAAUAUCGGAUGGCCUAUUUCACCUUCAAAGCGGAUUUGAAAGCCCGCAAGGAAUGCCAUCUGUUCAAAAACUAUUACCUAUGUAAGCGGAUGUGUGAUCGUUGCGCAGCAAUCCAGCCAAAGUGUCCAGCUGAUACAAAUCACCCUAUGGUCUUCAAAGACAUGCGACCAACGGCGCCAUACAGAACCACCACUGUGUCUCAUGCAGAAUACCUUCGAACUGCUUCGAGAAUUUCCCCGUGGGCAGUAGUGAAGGGGUGGUCUUUAGAGACCACUUCUUUUGACCUGAUGCACAUGAUUUUUUUGGGCAUCGCUCGUGACUAUGUACCCUCAUGCCUGAAGAUAUUGCGUUUGAUGGGCUACCAUUAUGAGCCUGGUGAAACCGAUGAAGAGUUUCUAAGACGUACGUCUUGGGAAAUGAAAUUGGAUUGCAAGUCCUAUGGGAUCUAUGUGCCAAGAAGAGGUUUCACUGUGGCAAACUGCACCUUCUACCAUGAUGAGUUCCCAGAACUUGGGAGCCGCUUCAAGGCCUCCCAUAUCAAGCAAAUGACCUGGUGGUUGAGCUUCAAACUUCAAAAGCUCGCCAAAAGAGAUUCUCACUUUUAA